AUGAAAAAGAUAUAUAUUGGGAAAACAGCACUCAAAGCCGGGAGAAAUGGUUGCAAGCAUCAGAAAAGAAGUUCUCUACAUGAUCACAAGGAUGAUCUUCGCAAGCGUCUGUCUUACACCACCCACAAACUAGAGAUGGUGGAGUCUGAGUUUGACUCCACCCGUCAGUACCUGGAGACGGAACUCCGUCGAGCCCAGGAAGAGUUGGAGAAAUUCACUGACAAACUACGCAGGAUCCAGAGCAGUUACGCAGCUCAACAGAGGAUCAAUCAAGACCUGGAGGACAAGGUGCACAGGACGUCCCAGCACCAUGAGGAUGAGAAAAGAGCGCUGAGUCGAGAGAUUAUCGUCCUCAACAAUCACCUCAUGGAGGCCAAGAUCACAAUUGAAAAGCUCAGAGAGGACAAUGACCUGUACAGAAAGGACUGCAACCUGGCAGCACAGCUCCUACAGUGCUCCAAGUCACACCACAGAGCCCACAAGCUAUCUGAGCUGCCCAUUGACUUCCAGGAGCGGGUGAGCUCCCACAUGGAGAAGCAAGGCCGGGGCGUCACCAUGGCGCUGUGCCACUCGCCCUACUCCGACGCUGUGCCCACCGCCGUCAUCGCCAAGGUGCUAGAGAAGCCGGAGCCGGGCAGCAGCUGCCCCAACACCCGUUCGCCCAGCCCCCAGCCAUUGGAGGAUGAGGGCCAUGACCAUAACUUUGUGCCCACUAGCGCGGGCGGCGGCACCGAAAGCCUCCGGCGCCGCACAGCUUACCGCACAUCGGACCUGUACUGCAGCGACACAGCCCUCUACUGCCCCGAGCGCUGGCAGGAGCGCAGACAGAGCGUGGAUGUCCAUGCCCGCCCCAUGGGUCUCCUCCUCCAGUCCCAGAACUCCACAGACUCCAACCCCGAGGAGGAAGCCUUCCAUUCGGGUAACUUCUCCCAUCACGGGGCCCACUCCUUCCAUGGAGAGUUUGCCGCAGGCUCCUUGAGGGCCUCUAGCUCCUAUUCCAGCUUCAGCCAGGCAUCGGAAGACGAGAAGGGCGGGGAAGGCUGCGGCGGUGGCCCCAGUAGCACCAUGUCCUCCUCCCACCAUGGGCUCUACAUGGACUGGCGGGAUGGAGGUUACGGCGAGCGAAAGAGCACCUCAUCCUAUGAGAAGGACAGCCCUCCUGGCCACAGCGUCUUCCCCAAAUCCCACAGCUUCCAGCACAUGGCAAUGCCGCCUUCCCCCAGCCCUGCGAAAGGCGGCGGUGGCUCUUCACCGGCUUACGUAUGCACAGCAUCCUGCGGCUACAGUGAGCCAUACCACUCGCCGCUCAUCGCAUCGUCACACAGUGUGGGCUCAGCCCAGGGAGGAGGGCCCCGGGGUGUGGAGCGCUCCGAUAGUCAGGCCAGCAUGGUCAGCAUGGGUGUCCCCACCGAGGAGGAACUGACUGGACGCUGGAGGCAGCUGAGCGUAGAGGACAUCAACUCGUACUCCUUCAACCGCAACCCUGGCCGUGUGUCUCCCUACAGCUUCUCCGAGCAGCACUUUGCCAUGGGCCCGGCCAAGAUUAAACUGGGGCCUCUCUACAGCAGCUUCCAUGAGGGGGACGACAACGUCUUCCUCCACAGCCAUGUGCUGGACCAGUGCUUGGCUGCUGCCGCCAGUGGUGGCCUCUCACCCAGCCCCAGUCCCAGUCCCAAACACCCCAGCCUGGGCCUGCGGGGCAAGCCGGACAAUCCCCCGCCCCUGUACAGAGCCAAGGUAGACAGCCAGGACUCAGAGUGCAGCCUGCAGUUCCUCUCAGGGAGCCUUAAGGAUAAGGAGAGCGGGGCUGCUGGAGCAGCAGGGGGGAGCAUGAACAAGGAAUACGUGGACGUGAGCCCCAACAGCUCAGCUGAGUCCUUACACCACCAAAGCUCCCUGGAAGCCUCCAGUCUGCAGCACUGCCAGAGGGAGAGAAUGAGGCCCAGCCCUAGCCCGGCACUUCCCAAAAAGAGUUCCCAACAAUACCAAAAAUUUGGAAGCACAGGAACAGGACUGAGCAGGAAGGACAGUCUGACCAAGGCCCAGCUGUACGGCACCCUCCUGAAUUGAACCGCUCGGUAACACUUUACUUGGACCUGACAGGUAUAAUGCAUUAUGAUGCGGUUAUAAUGCAUUGUAAGACUUGUCAUAAGCACGUAUGACCCCCCUUAGAAAUUCUUAAUAUUAUCUCAAUGACUAGAUGAUAGCAAUUUUGAAAAUGUGUUUCAUAAAAGGACAUAACAAACUGUAAACCUUGUAAUAAGACAUGAAAGCUCAUACGUGCUUACAACAAGUAAUGAAGCAUUAUACCUGCCGGCUUCAAGUAGUGUAACCAACAGCUUCUCCUCUUAUGCAUGAUGAUUGUGUAGGUCUCCAUGUUUCCGGUGGCAAACACACAGUUGGUGUGGAUGUGAGAUGUUCUUGUAAUCUGGCGAAAGCACGUUUCAAGCUGUAUGAGAAGCUAUACAGCUGUUGUUGUUGUUUUGGCUGUUUGUUUAUGUCAUGAUGCGGUGUAGUUAUCAGAGAUAACAGCCACUAGAUUUCCCUACCGUUUCUUACAGUAUAUCAUACCCUUAGUCUCUCAGACAGCCAUUCAGCAAGCUCAGAGCUAUUUUGUGGAAGGCUCAUAAAGUAAAAUUAUCCCUUAACCUUAACAAUGACAGCAUUGAGGCAGUAACUACUGUACAUGCACUAUUAGCAUUUGAAGUAUGUCAGUAAAACAUGCCAUUUAGUACCAAGCACAUUGGUAUCCUUUAGUACCAAGCAUAACGCGUCCCAUUCAUUUGGGCAACAGACUGACUAUUAGAGCCUCAUUAGCAUGGCAUAACACCAACUAAAGGCUAUCCAUUAUGUAUAUGAUGUCCUGCUUCCAAGGCCUCAUUUUCUCAUCGACAAACUGCAUGUUAAUUAUGCAUAUAUGAAUGGACUGGUUCUUCUAGGCAGAAAGUCAUGGAUAUCUCCUGAACAUUAGAGAGGCACUACAGAAAUAAAUGUUUAUUUCUCUCACUCAAUUAGCAUCUUGAUACUUAGGAGGAACACGUCUGAAAAAAUACAUUCGGUGUGUAUUGGAAUUAGAUCAAUCAAAAAGACAGAUUUAACAGACAUAUACUGUCGGUAACACAAAGAUAUUGUAAAUACAACAACUGUAAAGUUGGUGGCGCAGUAUGUGGUGUUUUCCUGACGAUAAUACUAACAAUAUAAAGGAAUAUAUUUACAAUAUGAUUGGCAGGAAUGUACCCCCACAGAGCAGACAUUGACAAGAGAUAAAUGAUUUAAAAAGUUGCACAGCAGGUUGUCCAAUAUUCCCAUGUAUCCAGGCUAGUGUUACUCUGUAUGAAUAUUACAUGUAGGAAUUUGGCCCAAAGCACCCAACGUUUUAAUGCCCAAAUUGGAAGAAAAAAAGCAUGAAUUCAAAUGCUGUUGCUUGAAUUUAUGAAUACCCAACAACUAGUAAGUACAUUUUGCCUUAAUUCUGUUCAGUAGCUAGUCUACUCCUUUACUACAAGUCUGACAGUGGUAUUUGUGUGUGUGUAUCUACAGUAUAUCACAAAAGUGAGUACCGGUACACCCCUCACUUUUGUUGCCAGCGGUUUAGACAUUAAUGGCUGUGUGUUGAGUUAUUUUGAGGGGACAGCAAAUGUACACUGUUAUACAAGCUGUACACUCACUACUUUACAUUGUAGCAAAGUGUCAUUUCUUCAGUGUUGUCACAUGAAGAGAUAUACUCCAAUAUUUGCAAAAAUGUGAGGGGUGUACUCACUUUUGUGAUAUACUGUAUAUAUAUACAUAUAUAUAUGUGUAUAUAUGUAUGUGUGUAUGUGUGUAUAUAUAUAUAUAUAUAUAUAUGAAUGUUUGUGUGUGUGUAUAUAUAUAUAUGUGUGUGUAUGUAUGUAUAUGUAUACAGUGCCUAUAGAAAGUCUACAACCCCCCUUGGAUUUCAUCACAUUUUAUUGUCUUACAAAGUGGCAUUAAAAAUAAUUUAAUUGUAUUUAUUUGGUCAACAAUCCACACAAAAUACUCUCAUCUCAAAAGUGUUUUUUGGUGUUGUUGAUUAAUGGGGGAGGGAAAAAAACACUAAUAUACCUUGAUUGAUAAGAAUUCACACCCCCCCCCAAGAAAUACCUUUGGCAGUGAUUACAGUUGUGAGUCUUCUUGGGUUAGUCUCAUAAGAGCAUUGCAUACCUGGAUUGUGCAAUAUUUGCACAUUUUUUCUUUUCAAAAUCCUUCAAGCUCUGUUAUGGUGUUGGGUAUCAUUGCUAGACAACCAUUUUCAAGUCUUGCCAUAGAUUUUCCAAAACUAUAUUCCUUCGCUGUGUUUUUGUUGUCGUUGCAAUAUUACUUUAGUGCCUUGUUGCAUAUAUAUGCAUGUAUUGGAACAUUUUUAUUCUGUAUAUUUGUAUUCUUCUUUUUACUCUUUCAUUUAGAGUUGAAAUCGAAAGUUUACAUAAACUUAGGUUGGAGUCAUUAAAACUCGUUUUUCAACCACUCCACAAAUCUCUUGUUAACAAACUAUAGUUUUGGCAAGUCGGUUAGGACAUCUACUUUGUGCAUGACACAGGUAAUUUUUCCAACAAUUGUUUACAGACAGAUUAUUUAACUUAUAAUUCAUUGUAUCACGAUUCCAGUGGGUCAGAAGUUGACUGUGCCUAUAAACAGAUUGGAAAAUUCCAGAAAAUGAUGUCAUGGCUUUAGAAGCUUCUGAUAGGCUAAUUGAAAUUAUUUGAGUCAAUUGGAGGUGAACCUGUGGAUGUAUUUCAAGGCCUACCUUCAAACUCAGUGCCACUUUGCUUGACAUCAUGGGAAAAUCCAAAGAAAUCAGCCAAGACCUCAUAAAACAAUUGUAGACCUCCACACGUCUGUUUCAUCCUUGGGAGCAAUUUCCAAACGCCUGAAGGUACCACAUCUGUACAAACAAUAGUACGCAAGUAUAAACACCAUGGGACCACGCAGCGUCAUACCGCUCAGGAAGGAGACGCAUUCUGUCUCCUAGAGAUGAAGGUACGAAAAGUGGUGCGAGAAGUGCAAAUCAAUCCCAGAACAACAGCAAAUGACCUUGUGAAGAUGCUGGAGAAAACGGGGACAAAAGUAUCUAUAUCCACAGUAAAACGAGUCCUAUAUCGACAUAACUUGAAAGGCCGCUCAGCAAGGAAGAAGCAACUGCUCCAAAACCGCCAUAAACUAGCCAGACUAUGGUUUGCAACUACACAUGGGGACAAAGAUUGUACUUUUUUGAGAAAUGUCCUCUGGUCUGAUGAAACAAAAAUAGAACUGUUUGGCCAUAAUGACCAUUGAUAUGUUUGGAGGAAAAUGGGGAGGCAAGCCGAAGAACACCAUCCCAACCAUGAAGCACAGGGAUGGCUGCAUCAUGUUGUGGGAUGCUUUGCUGCAGGAGGGACUGGUGCACUUGACAAAAUAGAUGGCAACAUGAGGAUGAAAAAUUAUGUGGAUACCUUGAAGAAACAUCUCAAGACAUCAGUCAGGAAGUUAAAGCUUGGUCACAAAUGUGUCUUCCAAGUUGACAUUGACCCCAAGCAAAAUGGCUUAAGGACAACAAAGUCAAGGUAUUGGAGUGUCCAUCACAAAGCCCUGACCUCAAUCCUAUAGAAAAUGUGUGGGCAGAACUGAAAAAGAGUGUGCGUGCAAGGAGGCCUACAAACCUGACUCAGUUACACCAGCUCUGUCAGCAGGAAUGGGACAAAAUGAAUUUAUUGUGGGAAGGUUGUGGAAGGCUACCUGAAACUUUUGACCCAAGGUAAACAAUUUAAAGGCAAUGCUACCAAAUACUAAUUGAGUGUAUGUAAACAUCUGACCCACUGGGAAUGUGAUGAAAGAAAUAAAAGCUUAAAUAAAAUUCUCUCCUAUUAUUCUGACAUUUCACAUUCUUAAAAUAAAGUGAUGAUCAUAACUGACCUAAAAUGGGAAUAGUUUACUAGGAUUAAUUGUCAGGAAUUGUGAAAAACUGAGUUGAAAUGUAUUUGGCUAAGGUGUAUGUAAACUUCUGACUUCAACUGUAGGUCAUUAUUGUGGAGUCACUCCAUUGUUGUUGCGCCAUCAUCAUUUUUCUUCCAUCACAACCAUUGAACUCUGUAGCUGUUAUAAAAUCACCAAUGGCCUCAUGGUAACAUCCCUAAGCAGUUUCCUUCCUGUCCUGCAGCUCAGUUCAAAAUGACGAAUGCAUCGUUGAUGUGUCUGAGUGGUAUAAUACAUCAUCCAUAGCAUAAUUAUUAACUUGACCAUGCUUGAAGAUAUAUUCAAUGUCUGAUUUGUUAUUGCUACCCAUCUACCAAUCACUGUGCUUUUUAUGAGGCUUUAAAAAAGCUCCUUGGUCUUAGUAGUUGAAUCUGUGCUUGAAAUGCCAUACUUGACUGAGGGACCUUACAGAUGUUAUAUGGGGGACAGAGGAAGGGGUUGUCAUUUAAAAAUCAUGUCAACCCCUAUCAUCUCACACAGAGUGAGUCCAUACAACUUAUGAUUGGUUAAGCCACAUUUUAUUUCUGAACUAAUUAAGGCUUGCCUAAACAAAGGGGUUGAAUACUUAUGCAAUGACUAUAUUUUAGUUCAGUUAUUGCAUAUUAUUAUUGGUAAAAUAAUUUUGGAGUAUUUUGUGUAGCUCAAUUACAAAACAUUACAAUUAAAUCUAUUUCAAUCGCACUUUGUGACGCAACAAAAUGUGAAAAAAGUUCAAGGGGGUGUACACUUUCUUUAGGCCCUGUAUGUUGUUAAUAAUAUUUCAAACAGACCAUUAAUAUACCAGACAGAUUUUCUACUCUACAAUCUUGAACAUUGUCGGCAGCAGCCACAUUGAUCUCAAACCAAAACAAAGCACUUCUUGCUCUGACAAGUCCUCUCACUGUGGCGAUUUAUUUUGGGAAUUAACUUCCCCCAAAACUUUAUGACCGAGAUACAUUGUUCAUGCCCUGGUCUCAGGAUACCAUCUGGGGGACGUGAACAUACCAAAAUACUGCUGAAGCCAGGGACAGAGAGGGCAAAGAGGCGAUGCCUCCCCUCUGUGCACUGGCGUCACUGUAGCUCUUCCACCAGGCGUCCAUUUUGGUUCUUUGUGUCCAUUUUCGCAGAGGUGACAUUGUGAACAGACCUGAUGAUUUCCCUAAAGAGCAACAGUACUUCAAUCUUAACUGCUGUACAGAAGGGUACGAGAUUCUGACCCCGAUAGACAGAGUAUUUUUGUUGUGGAUGUAACAUAAGAAAAUAUAAAUAUAUGUCAUCAUUACUAUUGAUAUUUUUAUCCUGGUUAAGUUGAUGCUCUUUACUUUGACCCCUGAAUAAAUAUCCACCUGUCCUGUUCUACCUCAAACUCCGUACGACAAAUUACUUUUCAAGGAACAACAGGGCAGCUGGUUGUUUGAUGCAUGUUUCUAUAUUUUUGUUGUAUGUUUAUUUACCUAAUAAAGAGGAGUAUUGGACUGACA